AUGCCCCUCGCAUUCAUCACGGUCAAGACGCCCGACGGGUCGCUGGUGCACCUGGACGUGGACUUGCGGACACAGGUCGAUGAGUUCCGCUCCAUCCUCGCGCCCAAGUGCGGCGUGCAGAGGCACAGGCAGCGGUUGGUGUUCGCUGGCCGGUUGCUCCAGGACGGGCGGCUUGGGUGGCUCGCUGCCCGCCAUCGACGUGCCGCCGUGCCCCGCGUGCCCGCCGUGCCCUGGGGCUAUCGUGGGCGCGACCGCAGGCGGAUCACGUUGGCCUGCCUGGCGGCGGGCGUGGCCGGGGCCUCCAUCGGCGCGCUGGCCGCCAUCGGGGUGCUGCGGGUCUGGGGCCCAGUGCGCUUCUCGGCGGAGGCUCGGGGCCCGGUGACGUCCACUGGGGCGCGGCUGGCGGAGGCCGCGUGGCUCGCCGCCGCCACCGCCAAGGCGGACGCCGAGUUCGCCCGCCGCCGCCCUGGGGUGCCCGCUCCGCCUGGCGGCGAGCUCAUCCCCACAAGCGGCGGGUUGCUGCCUGGUGCGGGGCCCCCAGCUGCAGGCGGGCCGCUGGUGGGGGCUGCCGCUCGUCCGGAUGCUGCUGGUGUUGCGCUGGCCGCCGUGGGACCCGUCGGCCCAGCCGCGGGCGCCGCCGCGGGGCCGCCGCCCCUCGCCGCGCUGCCGCCCGCCGCGUUGGCUGCCCCCGCGGCUGGCGUGCCGGCGUGCCGAUGGCCGCAGGUGCCCCGCCCGCCGUCGGAGCUCCUCCUGGCCCUGGCUGGAAAGGGAACAGCGGCCCCCCGCUUGUGGCGAACGGCGAGGCGCCGCCCGACUGGGCCUGGCUGGGUGCUCGCGGAGGACGUCGACUCGCUGCCCUUCGGCUCGAUCGUGCAGGCGGGGCCGAUCACGGGCAUCGCGUUGGCGGCGCGGGCUGGCAGGCGGGCAGUCGUCACGCUCGCGGGAGGCAUCUCGGCCGUGGCCUUCAUCCUGGAGGACUGGCGCCGGGGAGACUUCUCCGCGAAGUGGCAUGGGUCUGGCGGCGCCUGGACUCUGGCUCGCGCCCCCGGCAGUGGUGUUCCGCGCAGCUGGCUCUCAGUGACCGAGUUCGCCCGAGAGGUGCCCGACCCCCAGUUCGCGCUCAUGCCGGCGUCCAGCUGCCUGGCGCGCGGCCCGGAUCUGGCGACGAUCGACGAGGUCAACGUGGCGAACCUCGUCGGAGCGGAACGCUCGGUGCAGCAGAUGCAGCUGAUCGAGCAUUUCUUGGAGGAGAGGCAGAGGGGGCAGGACUCGGCCCAGCAGAGGCUGCCGCAGGAGGAGAUCAGCGCCUUCAUGGGCGCUUCCAGCCGCCCGAGCAGCAUGGUCUGCCCCGCCCUGCUGGACGCAGUUGGGAAGGAGCUCGAGCGCGCCAGCCAGCUCAAGAAGAACGCCCGCGAGCUGCGGGAGGAAGCGAAGGCUGCCCCAGGGGCCAAGGCCGGAGGAGGGAAGUCAUGA